UGUGGUUCAUGUUUCCAGCCGGGCAGCAUUUGCUGUUGUACGUCGCCUGUGGUGUAACAUCCGUACCGCACGUUCCCCCACGCGCGUUAAUUGUUUCAUCUCCGGUAAAGAAGUGAGCGGGACCCACGGAGCCCCACCAUGGAGCCGGACUCAUCCGACCCCAAUACGUCCAAAACCGACAUGCUGAGAGGAGUCAUCGCCGAGAAGCUCACCUUGGCCGCCCGGGAGAUCUUAGCGGUGGUGGAGAAGACUGUAGCCGACUACGAGGAGGAGGCUGUGGGUUUCAGGCAGGAGAUUGACCGGCAGAGGAGACUGCUGGAGCUCCUGCAGCCUGAAGUCAAGUUAGAGGCUUUAGAUGACCAGCAGCAGUUUUCCCUUUGUGAGGCUGGAGGAGGUCGACUACCAGAAGAUCAGGAGCAGCACAAAUAUGAGCAGAGGGUGGAGGACAGCCAAAGCCUGGGAUUCUCAGGCUACAGUGAGGAACAAAUAGAGGAAGAUGAACAUGAAGAUGAGGAGGAGGAGGAGGAGAUGGCACAGCAGUGUUAUGAAGCAGCACCACGGUUACAAGAUACAGACACACUGCUCGUGCCUUCCACGGUUCAGACUGACAGACGGAGAGCAGACAGACCUUGGAUCAGUGAAACGCAGAGUUUCGUGGACCUCAGGAUCCGCAUCCUGGACUCGAUGAUCGACGUGCUUUCAAAGAGGGUGUUUCAGAAGUACCCACUUCAUGAGCUGCAGUGUCGUCGUGGCCUUCAGGAGGCCGACUUCCUGCAUCUGCUUAGGUCAACCUUCCCCCAGCUGGCUGCUGAUGAACCUUUUGACGUUUUUAUAACUGACAACACCAGAAAGCUGCAGCCUCUGAAAAUAGACUUGUGGACUCCGGAGGCGAUCGAGAGGACCAUCAGGGCAAAUGGGAAUUCUGCCCUCUACAUCCGGCUGAAGAAUCAGCAGAGUUUAGAAGCUGAAGAGGAGCUUCAGCCAUUGCACGGAAAUAAAGCUGCUGCUGAGCACAUGAGGAAGAGGGUGGGCAGACCUGGGUUCAGGAAAACACAGACGCAUGUAAUGAUCAGAAUCCGCAUCCUGGGUAAAAUGAAGUCUGACGUGCUCUCAGCCAGAGUGUAUCAGAUGUGCCCGCUUCAUGAGCUAAUGUGCCCUCGGGGUCUACAGGAGGCUGACUUCAUGGACCUGCUGAGGUCCACCUUCCCUCAGCUGACUGCCGAUGAACCUUUUGACCUCUUUGUGAGUGACAAAAGCAGAAAACUGAAGCCUCUGAAAGUACGGUCACUGACGACGGAGGAGGUGGAGAGGGCUACGAGGACUUCUACGCUCUACAUCCGACUGAAGCCGUUGGAGGAGCUUCAAGCCUCAGCGAAACAGUUCCUGAGUGUAGGAGAUGUUUUAGCUGAAACUCUUCCAUUGACCCUAACAACAACCAGAAAGAAACCUGGGUAAGUCAAAACCUGACUAUAAUA